AUGGCUCGUUCUUUGGAUAUUGAGAUCUCUGCUGUAGAUCCUAAACCAAAAGAUAAGAUUCUGCAGUAUGUCCAGUCUGGGAAUCCUCCAACCAUCGCUUUCCCCUUCACCGAGGGCUUGGUGGAAAUCAUUAACAACAUCUGUGAUAAGCCGGCUUCUGUGUACCCAACAUCUUGCAAGCUAGAGGCUCUGUACAAGACAAGAGACGACGUCUGUACAUAUCUCUUUGCGCAUCCACCUCCUUCUUCCCUCAUUACUGAGGAAAUGCAGACCCAUCAACGCCAAGGGUCUUAUGCUGUGCCCUUCACCGAGGGCUUGGUGGAAAUCAUUAACAACAUCUGUGAUAAGCCGGCUUCUGUGUACCCAACAUCUUGCAAGCUAGAGGCUCUGUACAAGACAAGAGACGACGUCUGUACAUAUCUCUUUGCGCAUCCACCUCCUUCUUCCCUCAUUACUGAGGAAAUGCAGACCCAUCAACGCCAAGGGUCUUAUGCUGUGCCCUUCACCGAGGGCUUGGUGGAAAUCAUUAACAACAUCUGUGAUAAGCCGGCUUCUGUGUACCCAACAUCUCGCAAGCUAGAGGCUCUGUACAAGACAAGAGACGACGUCUGUACAUAUCUCUUUGCGCAUCCACCUCCUUCUUCCCUCAUUACUGAGGAAAUGCAGACCCAUCAACGCCAAGGGUCUUAUGCUGUGCCCAUCGAUAAGGAGAGCAGAAAAUUGGAUUCCUUGGGCAAGAAAUUAUACUCUUCUGCAGCCCUGAUGCUGAAAAUCUCCAACUACUCAGCCAUCAUGGGAGCAUAUCAAAUUUUCCUCUGGAACCGCAUGGCGGCCUUUAUGGAAAAACUUCCUGCAGACCAGAGGGUGUUGGCAAAGGUGGUUCUUGAUGAGGCCCUGCGGCUGUCUCAGCAACAAAUAAAUGCGGGCUGCGACACAGUUGUCACCUCUGCGAGGGCAUUAGCAUCAUCCAUCGUACUCUUCAGACACUCGUGGCUCCGCACGACUGCAUUGCCGGUCAAGACAUGUAACAAAGUGGAGAAUCUACCUUUCGAAGGCCCAUCUCUGUUCUCAUCCAAGACGGAUGAAUAUUUGUCGCAAAAAAGAAAAGAUCGACUCACAGCCCGCUCUUACGGUAUUCUCCUGACCAGGCCGUUCACCGAGAAUCGAUUCCAGUAUCGUUCCUCACAGGGCUAUCGUGGGCGACAGCAGAGAUACCAACCGUAUCCACGUUAUGGGUCCUACAGGCAAUUCCAGCCGCCUGCAAGUUCCUUUCAGCGCUGUAGGCCUGCCUAUCGACCACGUCAAACAUACAAAGGAGAAAACCAGAAUAAAGGCCCUGCAUGUGAAGAAAAUUUUCCUGAAAAUUCGUAUAUCAAUAUGAAUUGCCAUCAAAGAACCCAAACCAGGGAGAAAAAAUAUAAACACUUGGAGUGUGGGAAAGGCUUCAGUGAGAGUGGAAGUCUUACUGUCCAUGAAAGAAUUCACACAGGGGAGAAACCAUAUAAAUGCCUGGAGUGUGGAAAAAGCUUCAUUCGGAGUAACCACCUUUCAUCCCAUCAAAGAACUCACACAGGGGAGAAACCAUAUAAAUGCCUGGAGUGUGGUAAAAGCUUUACUGACCGGGGAAAACUUACUGUCCAUCAAAGAAUUCACUCAGGAGAGAAACCAUAUAAAUGCCUGGAGUGUGGAAAAGGCUUCAGUGAGAGUGGAAGUCUUACUGUCCAUCGAAGAAUUCACACAGGGGAGAAACCAUAUACAUGCCUGGAGUGUGGAAAAGGCUUCAGUGAGAGUGGAAGUCUUACUGUCCAUCAAAGAAUUCACACAGGGGAGAAACCAUAUAAAUGCCUGGAAUGUGGAAAAAGCUUCAGUCGGAGUAAGAACCUUUCUUCCCACCAAAGAACUCACACAGGGGAGAAACCAUAUAAAUGCCUGGAGUGUGGAAAAGGCUUCAGUGAGAGUGGAAGUCUUACUGUCCAUCGAAGAAUUCACACAGGGGAGAAACCAUAUAAAUGCAUGGAGUGUGGAAAAAGCUUCAGUGAGAGUGGAAAUCUUACUGUCCAUCAAAGAAUUCACACGGGGGAGAAACCAUAUAAAUGCCUCGAGUGUGGGAAAAGCUUCAGUCGGAAGGGAGGUCUUAUUGCCCAUCAAAGAAUUUGCACAGGGGAGAAACCAUAUAAAUGCUUGGAAUGUGGAAAAAGCUUCAGUCGGAAUUCCAAACUUACUUGCCACCAAAGAAUUCACACAGGGGAGAAACCAUAUAAAUGCCUGGAGUGUGGAAAAGGCUUCAGUCGGAGUAACCACCUUUCUUCCCACCAAAGAAUUCACACAGGGGAGAAACCGUAUAAAUGCCUGGAGUGUGGAAAAGGCUUUAGUGAGAGUGGAAAUCUUACGGUCCAUCAAAGUAUUCACACAGGGGAGAAACCAUAUAAGUGUCUGGAGUGUGGAAAAAGCUUCAGUCGGAAUUCCAAACUUACUUCCCACCAAAGAAUUCACACAGGGGAGAAACCAUAUAAAUGCCUGGAGUGUGGAAAAGGCUUCAGUCGGAGUGACCACCUUUCGUCCCAUCAAAGAAUUCACACAGGGGACAAACCAUAUAAAUGCCUGGAAUGUGGAAAAGCCUUUACUGACAGUAGAAAUCUUACUGUCCAUCAAAGAAUUCACACGGGGGAGAAACCAUAUAAAUGCCUGGAGUGUGGAAAAAGCUUCAGUGAGAGUGGAAGUCUUACUGUCCAUCAAAGAAUUCACACAGGGGAGAAACCAUAUAAAUGCCUGGAGUGUGGAAAAGGCUUUAGUGAGAGUAAAAGUCUUACACGCCAUCAAAGAAUUCACACAGGGGAGAAACCAUAUAAAUGUCUGGAGUGUGGAAAAAGCUUCAGUGAGAGGGGAAGUCUUACUGUCCAUCAAAGAAUUCACACAGGGGAGAAACCAUAUAAAUGCGUGAAAUGUGAAAAAAGCUUCAGUCGGAGUGGCAAACUUACUUCCCACCAAAGAAUUCACACAGGGGAGAAACCAUACAAAUGCCAGGAGUGUGGAAAUAGCUUCAGUCGAAGUGACCACCUCACUUCUCACAAAAGGAUUCACACAAGGGAGAAAAAAUAUAAAUGCCUGGAGUGUGGAAAAGGCUUCAGUGAGAGUGGAAGACUUAAUGUGCAUCAAAGAAUUCACACAGGGGAGAAACCAUAUAGAUGCCUGGAGUGUGGGAAAAGCUUCAAUCAGAGAAGAAACCUUACUUCCCACCAAAGAAUUCACACAGGGAAGAAGCCGAAUAAAUGUCUCGAGUGUGGAAAAGACUUCAGUCAGAGUUCCUAUCUUACUGUCCAUCAAAGAAUUCACACAGGGGAGAAACCGUAUAAAUGCCUGGAGUGUGGAAAAAGCUUCAGUCAGAGUGGAGGUCUUACUGUCCAUCAAAGAAUUCACACAGGGAAGAAACCAUAUAAAUGCGUGGAAUGUGAAAGAAGCUUCAGUCAGAGUCGCUCACUUAUUUCCCACCGAAGAAUUCACACAGGGGAGAAACCGUAUAAAUGCCUGGAGUGUGGAAAAAGCUUCAGUCAGAGUGGAAGUCUUACUGUCCAUCAAAGAAUUCACACAAGGAAGAAACCAUAUAAAUGCGUGGAAUGUGAAAAAAGCUUCAGUCAGAGUCGCUCACAUAUUUCCCACCGAAGAAUUCACACAGGGGAGAAACCAUAUAAAUGCCUGGAGUGUGGGAAAGGCUUCAGUUACAGUGGAAAUCUUACCGUGCAUCAAAGAAUUCACACAGGGGAGAAACCAUACAGAUGCCUGGAAUGUGGGAAAAGCUUCAGUCGGAGAGGAAACCUUUCUUCCCACCAAAGAAUUCACACAGGGGAGAAGCCAUAUAAAUGUCUCGAGUGUGGAAAAAGCUUCAGUGGGAGUGGAAAUCUUACUGUCCAUCAAAGAAUUCACACGGGGGAGAAACUGUCUAAAUGCCUGGAGUGUGGGAAAAGCUUCAGUGACAGUAGAAAUCUUACCGUGCAUCAAAGAAUUCACACAGGGGAGAAACCAUAUAGAUGCCUGGAGUGUGGAAAAAGCUUUAAUUGGAAUCACUGCCUAUCACAGAAUUCACACAAGGAACAAACCAUUUAAAUGUCUAGAGUGUCAAAAAAGUUUCAAGCAGAACUGGCACCUUACUUACCAUAAAGGAAUUCACACAGGAGAGAAAAAUGUAUUAAUGCCUGGAGUGUUGAAAAAGCUUCCAUCUGAGUGGACAUUUUCAUUACCAUUAAAGAUUUCUCACUAUUCCAAAACCAAAUAAAUACCAACACUGUGGGGAAAGCUUCAGUCUAAGUUCAACCCUUACAACCCAUCAAAAAUGUAUGCAGGGAAGAAACCAUAUAAAUGCCUGGAGUGUGGAAAAGUUUCAAACAAAGUGGCAGGUUUAUUUCCUAUCUAAGAAUUCUCAUAGGGGUGUGCAAGAAAAGUGCGAGAAAAGCUUCAGUCAAAGUCCCACUCUUACUGUCCAUCAAAGAACCCACACAGGGGAGAUGUCAUAUACAUACCUAGUAUGUGGGAAAACUUCAGUCAGAAUGAACAACUUACAUCCCUCAAAAUUAUUCUCACAAGAGAUAAAACAUACAAAUUCCAGGAGUCGGAAAAAGCUUCAAGAGGAAUUUAUCUGUGACUUCCUAUUAAAAAAUCCACAAAGAAUGUGGAAGGCCAUUCUACAUGCUUGGAACAAGAAGAAAUAAUCCUUAUGUAGGGGGAGCUGUUGA